AUGGCCACUUACAAGGUAGACUUUCCUUACAAAGCGACGGAGUCAGACGAGCUCUCGUUGGAAGUUGGCGAUGUCAUCCGAAAUUGUGUACAGAAAGAAGAUGGUUGGCUUGAAGGAGAGCUCCUUGGUCGUGUAGGCAUGUUCCCAGACAACUUUGCGACAAAAAUUGCCGAUCCAGAGAUAAAUAAAAAGCCACCCCCACCAGCGCCACUGAAGCCAAAGCCAAAAGUGAAGCAUUUCAAAGCGACCUUCCCUUACAAAGCUUCUAACGAAGACGAACUGAGCUUCGCAACAGGCGAUAUCAUCACAUUCAUCGAAGAUAUAGAAGAUGGCUGGGCAAAGGGAGAGCUAGAAAGCGGCCAAUCGGGACUCUAUCCGACCAAUUUCGUCAAGGCUGUGGAGGGAGACGUCCAACCUUCCAAAGGAAAGGAAGAAAGAAAAGCAGCAAGAAAAUCAGAUGAGGGCCUUUCCGGCAGACGCAAGGAUGUCCCGCCACAGUCCUCGAGUUCUUCAUCGUCGAAGGAACCUGCUUCUAGCACCAGCUCUGCGUCAGAUUUGCCUAGAUACAAAGUAGCGUUUGAUUACGCUGCUAGUAAUAGCGACGAGCUCACAUUGAAAAAGGACGAAAUUGUUACUAUCACAAAUCAGAAAACACUCGAUGAAGGCUGGUGGGAAGCGAGAAACACUUCGGGAAAAUCAGGCCUCAUCCCUACGAACUUUCUAGAUCUGAAGAACCCAAUCACAUCGAGAUCAAAUACAGACUCCAGUGAUUUCGCGAAAAAGAGAGACAUCGUCGGUGGCUCCGUGGCGGUCAGGCCGAAACCGGAAAAGAAUCAAAAUCAAUUCCGAAAAGACAUCGUUUCUAUGCCUCCCAGUGCGUUCGACGACAAACCUUUGGGCAAGCCCAAGCAGUUGUCUAAUGACAUGGUGCGUGCGAAACCUCAGGGGCCGGGAAGAAGACGACCAAAGACGAAGCUAAUUGAAGACAAAAACAUAUCCGAGUUUCCAGAAGAGAUAGAAAUGGAUCCAGAAUCAGAGGAAGAAACAAGUAGUAAAGCACCCAGUUCGAGUGCCAAAACUGACGUGAAAUCCCCUAUCGCUGGUGGUGUCGCGAUCAUCCCCAACAUGGGCUCGCUUCUCAAGAAUCCAAAAUUCAGAAACGAAAACUCAAAAACAACUGCAAUCAGCAAACAGGAACCAGUACCAGAGACGGACAAACCGAAAAAUGCAAGCAUCGACUUUAGAAAUAAUUUGAGAAAAGUCCCGCCAAAAUCAAACUCAUUCAAAGCAGAUCGACCGAUUCCGCAGGAAGCAGAGAAAACGAUUCCUGAGUGGCAGCUGCGAGCGGAAGAGCGCAAGAAACGAUUUACCGAGCACUAUGGCGAUGGCGACCCUCUAGCUCAAGAACCAAAACCGGUAGUAAAGAACGAGCCACCGCCGGUGCCUGAUCAUCAGAAUCGGACGAAUGAGCGGCUUGAAAGCCCCCCGCCUGCCCGACCAGUAAAGCCGGCUCAGCCAGUGGCGUCAAAACGACCACCAAGUGUCCGAAAAGAUCCUGUCGCCCAAGUUAGAGUGAAAGAAGAGCCUGAAAUGUAUUGCGAGCCGCCUGCGCAGCAUGAAGAACCGACAAUGGCAGAUUUGCUGCGCGAGAUCAAGAGUCUGAAGAUGAACGUCGAGAAGCUUUCGAAAAGGGUUGACGAAGAGUCUGCCGCGCGUAAACUGCUUGAAGCGAAGAUCCGCUCGCUCGAGAACUGA